AAUAAGCAGGUUUGAGUUAUAGUUCGUUAAUUGGUGUUAUUGCGCACACUGCGAGGACUUCGUAUACCUACUACUUAUUUGAAAAAACAAAUAGUUUAAACGCAGUUUCGAUUUUAACUUCAACAAGAUGAAAUAUCUUUUGGUGUUCUUAUUCAUUGGAGUUAGCUAUGCAACUCCAGCAAGCAACCUUACUAAUUCAACCACCAUAACUGAAGAUUUGAAUGAUAUUAUGGAAGUCAUUCCGAUAGAAAAAAUUAAAAGGAUCGCCCUGGAACAUCUCCACAACGAUUUAGAAUUUCAAGCCGCGGUACAAUAUAUGAAAGGGCCGGAAUGGAGUGCGUUAAUGAAAGAACUUAAUGAUCAACCCCAAUUCCAAAAGUUAUACACAUUUUUGAAAGAUACUGGUUUAAAUUUGGAGAAAGUUGAAAACCUUUUAUGUGGUUUCAUGAAAGACGUCAAUGUUUCUACAAAUCAUACGGUUAAAAGUUUCAAAAAAUUUGUUGAAGAUGUGAGAAAAGUGAUUCCAUUGGCUAGUGUGAUUGAAGUGGUUGAUAAUAAACUUCGUACCAGUCAAGCUUUUAAUGACUUCUACGGCAAAAUUUCUGGAACAGAAUGUUUCGAAUUAAUUCAAGAAGUAAGAAAACUUCCUAUUUACAAACAAGUUGUUGAUGGACUGAAAAGUAUGGAUAUUGAUAUAGAAGCUAUGUUGAGAUUGGUCAGCGCUAUUUUUAACUGGGAAAUGACACCACUAGAAAAACUCGCUUCAGGAGAUGCAGCGGCAUAAAUUCAUUUUAACCUUUUAAAAUUUUGUAUUAUUCAAUGUUUUUAAUAUCACAAUGAAAUACAAUAAAUGAAUA